AUGCUCAGCGCGAAGCGCAAGGCGCGCUUCUUCGACAAGCUCAACGAGAUCUACCUUCCGACCAAGCGGCCAGCGAACGAGAUUGACGCGCCGUCGGUCGUUUCUUCGUCCACCGGUGACGCCUCGGAUCGGCGGCAGUCGUUUCCGCCCAUGGCCGUGACCAAAGCGCUCGUCGACAAGGCGCGCCGGCGGCAGUCAAUGCCACUCGCAGGACCGCUACAAGGCCUGCGACUGCUGAUCGUGCCAUUGGGAUCCGACAUGAGUCGGCGACGCCUCGACAUUUGGACGACGCAGGUGGCCAAGGCCGGCGGGCAGCUCGUCACGACGUGCGACGACAGCGAUACGAUCGUUGUGGCGAGCCUCAGCCUGUCGCGCGAGCGGCUCUGCAGCUACUGCCAUGUGUCAGAGAUGCCUCCGAGUCUGCGCGUUGUCUCGCCUGAUUGGCUCGUGCAUGUCAUCCAGCACCGCACGUUGCCGCCCGAUGGCAUGUUUCCGUGGAGGAAUGGCGGCGACGUUGCGCCGCCUGUGGCUGCCGAUGACGCGCCGCCCCAGAAAGCCUUUUACGAAAGCUCGCCAGGCAACACCCAAGAGAGCCCCGCACCGCCACCAACGCCAAGGUCUGCGAUCGUUGUCGCGUCGCCACUACGGGCGCUCGACGAAGACAUGGCGUACCGCAAGCGUAUCUUUUACGAGAACAACCCGAGCAUGGUCGACAUCCACGCAGAAGAAGCAGCCGAUCCGCGCCAAAUCAAGGCCUCGAGCUUUGUGUGCGCGACAACGUCCGUGCAGUCGAUCAACCACAACUCGCACUUGACGUCGGUGCUUGACGAGCUCAUCGAGUACCUUGCUGUCGAGAAGGACGAGUGGCGCGAGAACAGCUACAAGCGCAUGCUGUCGAUUCUCAAGCAGCUGCCGGCCAAGGUCACGUCGACGGCAGCGCUGCGGCCGCAGUACGGGUUUAACGCGACGGGCAUCGCCAAGAUCCGCGAGAUCCUAGAGACAGGCACGCUGCGCAAGCUCCAAGCCAAGAAGGCCGACGCCCGGCUCCAGGUCCUCCGCACCUUUGCCAACAUUUGGGGCGUCGGGCCCGCGACUGCGACGUCGCUCUACAGCCAGGGCUUCCGGUCCCUCGAUGCCCUGCGCGCGCGGCAAGACGAGGUUCUUAACCCACAACAACGCAUCGGGCUACAUCACUAUGCCGAUUUUCUGGUGAAAAUCCCACGGGCCGAGGUCGAAGAGAUCCAGGCGAUCGUCAAGGCGACGGUCGCGACGAUUCACCCAACCGCCGUCUGUGUGACAUGCGGGAGCUACCGCCGCGGCAAGCUGCAGUCGGGCGACGUUGACAUCCUCAUCACUGACCCGCUCGCCGACGAGUGCGUGCUCUUGCCCGACCUGCUCCGGGAAUUGCACAAGCGCACGUUUCUCACGGACGACCUCACGACCGUGACGGAGCACCACACGGGCGGCUGCGACUCGUACAUGGGCGUCUGCCGCGUCGACGAGCGCCGGCCCUUUCGGCGCAUCGACCUCAAGGUGUACCCGCGCCGCCUCUUUGGCUUUGCGCAAUUGUACUUUACGGGCAGCGACCACUUUAACCGAAGCAUGCGCGCGUACGCCAAGCAAAAAGGCUACAGCUUGACCGACCGCGGGCUCACCAAAGUGGCCCGCGCCAAAGGCGCCAAGAAGCUCAAGCAAGCGCCGGGUCUGAUCUGCCCAGACGAGAAGGACGUCUUCAUCGCCCUCCAGCUUCCGUACAAGGUAUGA